AUGACUCUAUACCGUAAGGAAUCAGCACGUUGUCAUAUGGCCCCUCACGUCGAAGUCCUUCUCUUUCCGACACCCCGUUUGUACAAGGACAAAAAUGGAACAAUUGAAGAUGAAGAGCUGUCCGGAUUCCUGAAAGAUUUGUUGGAACUUGUCUAUGAGGACUACGAUGAAGAUGACCUGGAGUACACCAAAAAACAUAUUCUCCAAAAUUGGGAUUUGGAUCAUGAUGGAAAAGUGAAUUUGGAAGAAAUGAAAAUGCUCCUGAUGGCCUACAGCGCUCGUGAACUGGGGCUCGCUGAGCACAGCUGA